CGCCGGCGGAAGUGGAUCCUGUUGGUGUCGAUGAUGGCGGUUCCCGAGCUCCUGAAGCUAACGACUGCGGGCUGAAAAACAAACAGGGAGUUCUGUUAUUAAUCCAGACCGUCGUCAGCGUGUUGUUGAAGCCUCACCGUGCACUCAGACUGUAGUUCUCACCUCGCUCCCGCCCUUCGUUCAGAGCGCUGUACAACGCUCCCCAUCGCCCACCGUUCCAGAGGGACCCAUUUCAUAUUUGGACCUGUGGCAGCAGUGACAGCUCUAGGACUUGCUCAAAUUGAGACUCAAACACAGAUCGCGCUGCAGCGACUCGCUGCAUUAGCGUCCAUCAUUGUCGGCCAUCCGUGCCGCAGCAGUGAGCUAGCAGCGGCGUUGCCUCCUCACCUGGCCCUCCUGAGUCUUGUAAACAGACAGCAGGUGUCCACUGCAGGACUAAACAUCACCAGUAAGAACUGUAUCAUCACCUGGCCGGCUCUGUCUGCUGCCAUGUAUCAGCAGCAUCCACAGCAGCAGGGGUCUCAGCCCUUUCCCAACCCACCCAUGCCUCCUCAUCAUCAGCCUCCUGCAAACCAGCAUCUAAACCGCUCCAACAUGCAGGCCAUGGGGUUUCAGUUUCCCCGUCCUACCCAACUCCCUGAGGAGCUGGAGUCUGCAUUGGCUAUUCGGGGUGCCAGGGACAUGGACCAUCGUCAACUGGACCACAUGAAUCCACCAAACCAAGGUUCCGGUUCGGGGCUUGGCCAACAUGGGGUUUAUGGUUCCAACCCACUGUCCCUUCCUGCUGAUAAUCAGCCUGGCCACCAGCAAGGAGUGGACUGGUCAAGCUACCAACCCCCAACUAAACUGUUUGCUAUUCCUCCACCUAAUGCUGGCCACCAGGGGGCACAACAGCCUCCCCAACCCCGACAGUCACUCGGUGGCAGAGGUGGGGGGGAUGGACAGAGUUUGUACACACCAGAGAGCGCCGGGAGCAUCUUGGCUAGCUUUGGACUUUCAAAUGAGGACUUGGAGGUACUGAGUCACUACCCUGAUGACCAGUUAACCCCGGACACUUUACCGUUCAUACUCCGUGACAUACAGAUCAACAAGUCAGGCAACCAGAAAAGCGUGGCUUCCACAUCCUCAUCUACAUUUCCACACAGCAUCCACAAGAUGCCAGCACCUCCUUCCUGCUCUUUAGGCUCUCCAGAAGUUCCCAGCCUCCUCACCGUCACACAGACAGCAGGUAAAGUUAUCGACUAUGGACACGCCAGCAGGGGAAAGGACGAGAGCACCACCAGAGAGACUUUCAAACGGGAGCCACUGUCUAGUGAAAGGACAGUUAAAAUGUAUCUGUUACCACCAUCAGCUGCUCCCAAAGCAGAUCAAACGGAAAGACGGCAAGUUCGUUUGGAACACAAGGAACCAAGCAAGCAUGAAGACCGGGACUAUCGAAGGACGGGGAGCGAAAAGCGCAAGAGCAGUCUGUCUCCUGGCAGGGAAUUUCCACGUUUGCCUAAAACUCAGAAUCUGGACAAAGACUAUCGGCAUGCGGGGUCCAAACCAAGACACUCAUCUGAAACCAGGAGCGAGGCGUCUUCAAGACGGUCUCUGUCCUCUUCAUCUGGCUCAAGACCACUCAGCAGCAGUAAGAAGUUACCUACUCCAGCCAUGAUAAGUGAUUUUGCCGCUGCGUCUCCAAAGGCGUAUCCCCAUACCUGCUCCCUGUGCCACAUUCAGUGUGAUCAGGAAAAGGACUGGGUUGACCAUAUUAACACAGUCGACCACACAGCGGCCUGCAGGGAUCUACGCAACAAGUACCCUGACUGGAAGCCACAUCUACCGAGUCGAAGUGGCCGAUAUGGCAGCAGAGCUCUUUGGGAUCCCAAGGAUGGCUCUCCAUUUCAGUCCACAUCUCAGCCCCUGUCCCGUUCUCCAAGUCCUCGGCAUCGGAUGGACACCCACCGUCACAGGAGGGCCUACUCCCCCCACGGUCACCAGAGGCUUUUUCACUACUCCGAACGCAGUCAUCGGUUCGUCCACCACCACUCCAGCUCACACAGUCCCCCCUAUUCCCACCGAGCAUCCUCAUCCAACAGAGAGAACUGGUCUGAGAGGGGAACCAGGGAGUCCUCAGGGAGUUUUCCUCGCGGUGGUCUGAAGCGCCCACAUGAUGGUUUAUCUAAGAGCUCUGCUGAUAGCGGCCAUGCUUCAUCUUCCUUUGCAGCAGGUCUCAGCUCCAAACACCCUCCUUCUAAAAGUGUGAAGGGCGCGACGAAGCCAACAGUCAGAACUACCAAGACGUCUGUUAAACCUCCACCAGCCAAGAAGAAGAAGAAAGUGGUGACCCCAGCCUCCCAGAGCUCCGGUGUUGCAGAUCGCCUGGUUUAUCUGACAGGCAUCCCAAUGGAUGCCACAGAACAGGAAGUUACUGACUUGGUCGGGUCCUUUGGAAAGAUUAAUAACGUGAUCCUGAUGCCGUGCUCUGAGGAAGAGAGUGAGAAGCACCAAGGGCAGAGGGCGUCUGUUUGCAUGGUGAAGGCCGAGGACGCCCAGGCACUGGCUUCCUCUGCCAGCCUCUGUAUCAGAGAGAAGGAAAUCACAGCUUCAGUAGCCAAGAAGCCUAAAGAUGGAGCAUCUUCCGAUGCCAACAGCAAACCGGCUCCAGACCAGGACAAAGGUGUAGCUGGGAAAGGCUCCGAAGGUGAGGCUGACAACAAGGCUGAAGAUCAGAAGUGUAAGGUGCUGAUCACAGGACUUCCUGAGUCUGGUUGGUCAGAGAGUGAUGUCGCACAGCUUGUCCAGUCCUUCGAGACGCCGUCUGACAUCAUCCUGGCAGCACGCAUCGGAAAGGCUCUUGUGUCACUGCCUGACCUGGAAGUCGCUGAGGAGAUGGUGAAGGUCCACAGCUUCAAACCUGCAAAGAUUAAUGACAGCGAAGUAAAAAUGACUCUGGUCAAACAGCCCAUCAGCCUGAGCACGCCGGUGGCUCUUUAUAACAUCCUCAUGAGUUCAGCAGAUCCAUUAGAGAGUUCAGGUCUGGUUGGAUGGAGCAGCCUGUUGGUCAUUAGGAACGUUCCAGACACACCAGCAGGCUCCUCCGAGGUCCUGAAACUAGUGCGACGCUUUGGUACGGUCAUCAAGACUCUGGUGCUCAGUAACAUGGUCAUUUGUGAGAUGGCGACCGCAGCAAUGGCCUUGUCUGUCUACAAACGUUUCCAGAUGUUUCCGUGCAUCAUCCAGAAUAACCCUCUGUUUUUCUCCCGCAAGCCCGACCCCAAAGCCAGCACACAGGGUAAAGUCAUCGCUGCGUAUCGGGACGUAUCCCAGGAUAAACCAGCGAAUGGGGAUGACAGCCAGUCAGCAGCAGCUGCAGAAGAGGUGAUGGCACAUGGAGAGAAAUCAGAACCCCCGCUGGAGGCGGUGGAAAAAGACUGCGAUGAAAAGAUGGAGAAGAUGGCUGAAGACGAUAUUAAGGAAGAGCGUAUGGUUUCUGAGUCUCCAGCUGCACUAGAUGCUGAUUCAGUGACGGAGAUAAAGGAAACAUCAGAUGCUGAAGAGAAGAAAGAUGCUGGUUUUUCUGAGGAGGGAAAGGACUCCAUGUCUGCUGGAGAAAAGACACAAAGACCUCCUGCUGAUGGCAGCUCACUCCCCCAGGAGGCGGCAAUGCCUGAACUCCCCAAGAUGACCCAGGCGAUGGUGAAUGCACUGCUCGUAGAGUGCAGAACAAGAACCGCCAGUCAUCCCAAGAAAACUGCAGCACCAGCGGCUGGAAAAACAGAGGAAGCACAAGCAAAGACAGAGGCAGAAACAGCAGAGGAGUCAGCCACACUGGAGGAGGAGAGGCAGGACAGGGACAGAAAAGACAGGGACUUCAGAAAGGAGAAGGAGGUGAAGGAGAGAGAAAGAAGGGAGAAGGAGAGAAGAGCCUGGGAGAAGGCGAGGGCCCGGAGGGAGAAGGAGCGAGCUGAGAAAGCCAGCAAGGAGAGGGAGAGGAGGGAGGAGGAGAGGAGAUGGAGGGAGAGGAAGAGAGGCUACGGUGAAGAUCUAGGAUCUGGGUCCAGGUCCUCCUGCAGGUCUGAGGGGUACAGGCAGAGCUCCUGGAGGGAUGGACAGUACGGUGGGGAGGCUGAAUCCAGAAAGGUUGAGGAAGAGGAGUCGGAUGACUUCCCCUUCAACAUGAGUGACUUUGUUACAGUAGAUGAAGUCGGCGAUGUGGCAGACCUUCCUUCUCCCACUGUUGCCACGGAAACGUCACAGGAAGAGCAUCCCACACCUGGACAGCAGGACGCUCCAGAGGACACGCCCAUGGAGGUCGCCGUGACCCAGGAGUACUCUGAUGAGCCCACAUCAAAGUCUGAAGAUGUGAGCGAGCCGAUAGCUGAGGUUUCACUUGGUUUCACAGCUGGUCUGGACCUGGUCCCUUCUACACCUGUUCCUCUGUGUCAGCCAGAGGACCCCCAGGAUGAGGUCAAACCUGAGCCAGACAAGAAGCCGAAAGCUUCUCUGGAAUCCACCGCAGAUGUAGAACCUGUCCCAGUUCCAGCCGACUCUUCCUCAAACAGCCCAACAACAGGUGUGAUGGCUGAAGAUGACAAGGACAGCAGCCCUCUUCUUCACGGUCAGCGUAACAGUGAGGAGGUGGACGUGUCCACCAAACAGGAGGAAGAGGACAAAGCCGAAGCAGAAAAGCUGGAGAAGGCUGAGGAGUACAGCGAAGAGAAGAGCACAAAGACAGAGUUAAAGAUGGACGUUAGCAUGGACACACAGCAGCCCCUCCCUCCGUAUGAUUCCAGCAAACCUGUUGGUUUGGAGUAUUUGGUCCCAAAAACAGGGUUUUUCUGUAGGGUGUGCAGUCGCUUUUUCAGUGGAGCCAAGGUGGCAGAGAUCAGCCACUGCAAGACCCUCAAGCAUUAUGAGAACCUAAAGAAAUUUCUGCAGACGAAAGCAGAAUAGAUCCUGGCCGUCAAACCGGACUACAACAGAACACGUCUAAAACUGGAUUAUUAGCUCCGUCUCCAACGCUGGGUUCAGCAUUUACAUGUUGGUCUUUCCUUUUACAUUAUGUCUCCGUAGUUAUUUAGUAAUCAUUUUCUUUCUGUUCAUGAUGAGCUGGAAGCUGUACAGUGGAGGUCUUCCUGAUCAAUAAAAUGUUUUUACUGAA